AUGAGGCAGUGUGGAGAGAGCCCUGGUCCUGGGGGCUCUUCUUCCAAGGAGGUGGGUGUGGGCACCAGGAAGCUCAAGGCUGAGUUAGCUGAUGAAUAUCAGGCCUGCCAUUAUGAACCUGCUAAGGGUGUGAAACCCGUGCCCCCACCUCCCGCUCCUCCUCCUCCCUCUCCUCCUCCACCCCCACCCCCUGCUCCUCCUCCUCCCCUUGCCCCCCCACCCUCCGCUCCUCCACCUCCCACCCCACCCCCCCAUCCUCCUCACCCCGCCCCCCGCCACGUGCUCCUCCUACUCCCCCGGCCCCCCACUGCCCUGCUCCUCCUCCUCCCCCCACCCUCCGCCCCUCCUCCUCCCUCUCCACCCCCACCCCCCGCUCCUUCUCCUCCCCUUCCCUCACCCCCCGCCCCCGCUCCCGCUCCUCCUCCUCCCCCCACUCCCGCUCCUCCUCCCCCCGCCCCCCAACCCGCUCCUCCUCCCCCCGCCCCCACCCCCCCACGCCCUGACCCACGUCCUCCCCCUGCGCCCCCACCCCCACGCUCCUCCUCCCCCCGCCACCUACCCACGCUCCUCCUCCUCCCCCCGCCCCCCGCUCCUCCUCCCCCCGCCCCCACCCCCCGCUCCUCCUCCCCCCGCCCCCACCCCCCGCUCCUCCUCCUCCCCCCAGCCCCCCCACAUCCCGCUCCUCCUCCUCCUCCCACCCCCCAAACCCCUCCUCCUCCCACCGCCCCCACUCCUCCUCCUUCCCCCACUCCCGCUCCCGCUCCUCCUCAUCCCCCUGCCCCCCAACCCCCUCCUCCUCCCCCCACCCCCCACCCCCAACCCCCUCCUCCUCCUCCCCCCGCUCCUCCUCCUCCUCCCCCCACCCCCGCUCCUCCUCCUCCCCCGCCCCCCACCCCGCCCCCACCCCAACCCCCUCCUCCUCCCCCCACCCCUCCCUCCCCCCGCCCUCCCGCUCCUCCUAAUCCCGCCCCCCCACCCUCCACUCCUCCUCCUCCCCCCGGCCCCCACCCCUGCUCCUCCUCCUCCCCCCGCCCCCCACCCUCAGCUCCUCCACCUCCCACCCGGCCCCCCAACCCCACUCCUCCUCCUCCUCCCACCAGCCCCCCACCCCCCCCGCUACCCGCAGCCCCGCACCCCGCUCCUCCUCCCCCGCACCCCCCCCCACCCUGCCCCCCACCCCCCACUCCUCCUCCUCCCCCAACCCCCACCCCCCGCUACCCCGCCCCCCCACCCCCCGCUCCUCCUCCUCCCCCCGCACCCCCACCCCCGCUCCUCCAACUCCCACCCCGCCCCCCACCCCCCACUCCUCCUCCUCCCCCCACCCCCCCACCUCCACUCCUCUUCCCCCCCGCCCCGUCCCCUGCUUCUCCUCCUCCCCCACCCCCCACCCCCCCGCCCCCAUCCCCCGCUCCUCCUCCC